AUGUGCCUGCCCCCCGCAAGUGCCCAUGCGAGGAUUCCGGACCACCGUCGUCGCCUGCGACCAAUCUCCAACAUCAGUGGUGUAAAUGCAUCCAAGAGCUCUGACUCGACAUCAUCGCAAAACCAAAUGCCGUGCCGGGGGAGGAAGAUUGGGAUACAGGAGAAGCUGCUGGAGACAAAGUACUAUGACAUCUUGGGCAUUCCUGUUGAUGUGACAACAGACAAUAUCAAGAAAGCAUAUCAUUCUCCUCAUGCAGAGGAAUGCUUCAAGAAAAUCGCGAUUGCAUAUCAGACAUUGUCUGACCCUGAGCUACGAUGGAAGUAUAAUGAGUUCAGGGCAAAGGAAAGCAUGCCAGAGGGUGAAUUCGUUGAUCCAGAGGAGGUCUUUGGUACCAUCUUUGGCGGUGAGCGGUUCGUGCCUAUCAUCAGACAUAUUAGCCUUGUCAAGGAUAUGAAGGCAGCACUGCAAGAAGCAGAUGAGAUGGAGGACGAGGAGAAUGGGAAGCAGAAAGCAGCCGUACGUGCAGAAUGGGUACAGAAGCUUGUACAGAAUCUGGAGCGCAAGCUCGGGAUCUUCACAGAGUCAGCAAUGGGCCCGGAUGAUCGGCAGGUGACAUAA